ACCUCCAGAGAGAGAAGAGUCACGGAAAUCUCCAACAAUGGCAUCUUUGGUCGCUGGGACGAUUCUCAUGAGUUUGAUGAUCAGUGGGCAUGGUGUGUACAGUCAGGAUUGUGGAAUUGCACCCCUGAACACAAGGAUUGUUGGGGGUGCCAACACAGCAUCUGGAGCGUGGCCUUGGCAGGUCAGUCUGCACGACGACCCUGUGGGGUUCCACAUCUGUGGAGCGACUGUCAUCAGCAACGAUUGGUUGCUCACAGCAGCGCACUGCAUUCUGUCUACUUCACCUUCAGCGUACACCGUCUACUUGGGUCGACAGAACCAGACGGGUUCCAAUCCCAACGAGGUGGCGCGGAACUUGUCCCGGGUCAUUGUUCAUCCCGAUUACAACAACCAAACAUUAGACAAUGACAUAACUCUCCUGAAGAUGGAGACCCCUGUUAGCUUUAACAACUACAUCCGACCUGUCUGCCUGGCAAGCAACUCCAGCGAGUUCCACAACGGCACCUUGGGCUGGGCCACUGGAUGGGGCAAACUUGGCGCCAACAGACCAUCUCCUGAAUGGCUGCAGGAGGUGCAGAUUCCUGUGAUUGGAAAAAGACUUUGCACUUCUGCUUACGAGACUGUUGGAAUCACGAAUCAGAUCAAGGAUAAUGUGAUCUGCGCCGGUGAAAAAAACAAAGGAGCAUGUCAGGGAGAUUCAGGCGGACCCUUGCAGUUCAAACAAAACUCCAGUUGGAUCCAGGCAGGCGUCACAAGUCAUGGCAUCCCGUGUGCUCUAGGUAUCCCAGAGGUCUACGCCAGAGUCUCAUUUUUCCAGGACUGGAUCACCAGCCAAGUGGGAGGAGCCAAUGUUCAGUUUGUGACGUUCACAUCCAACGGAAACGACGCUACAGCACCCAGCAGCACCGCUGCUCCAACAACACCCAGCAGCACCACUGUUGCCACAACACCCAGCAGUGAUGCUGUUGGGUGUUGCAGAAUUGCCCUUUCAUCUCCUUUUGUGCUGCUGGUGACUCUGAUUUUGUGUCACACCGUUGUACGCUAG